UGGUAUAUGCAGGGUUGUGAUGGUUCAGUAUUGUUAGAAUCCACACCGGGAAAUCCAUCAGAGAGAGAACACCCAGCUAACAACCCAAGUUUACGAGGCUUCGAAGUCAUCGAAGAGGCUAAGGCCCAAAUAGAAGCAGAGUGUCCUCACACUGUGUCGUGCGCAGACAUUCUUGCUUUUGCUGCUCGAGACAGCGCUAACAAAGUUGGGGGCAUAAAGUACGAGGUUCCAGCUGGACGCAGAGACGGUCGUGUCUCUAUAAGAGACGAAGCGUCACAACUGCCUCGUCCAACCUUUAACGCAAAGGAGCUUAUUAGUAACUUCGAACAAAAAGGGUUGUCUGCAGAUGAAAUGGUAACACUCUCUGGAGCGCAUUCUGUUGGUGUCUCACACUGUUCCUCCUUCUCCGAUCGCUUGUACUCUUCCAAUGCUACCUUUGCUCAGGAUCCCUCUAUGGACCCCAACUUUGCUUCGUCCUUGAAAAACAAGUGUCCACCACGGAGCAAUGAUGAUAACACAGUGGUGCUGGAUGCUUCCACCCCGAACCGUUUGGACAACAAGUACUACACGGGACUCAAGAACCAUCGUGGUCUGUUGACCUCAGAUCAGACGUUGAUGACCAGCCCCUCAACGAGGCCAAUGGUGCUGACCAAUGCAAAACAUGCUUCAAUUUGGGCACGUAAGUUUGCUAAGGCAAUGGUGCAUAUGGGUUCCAUUGAUGUGCUAACCGGCUCACAAGGCGAGAUCAGGACUCGUUGCAGCGUCCUUAAUUAACUCUCCACAUGCUUAAUCCCUUCUGCUAAAACUCCUUUUAUUCAAUUGUUCAUACCUGCAAAUAUAUAUGUCUUCUUUAUUUAUAAUUUUUUUUUUUUGGAUAUAAUGUGAUUGAUUCAUUCUUUGAUUUGUACUGUUCGGCCUUGGCCAAUUCAAUUGUAUAUUUUUAACUCAGUCAAAUAAACACAUGAAGAAUUAUGUUGGAUUCCCUAAAAGAUGUCUGCUUACAGAUUUGUAUUUUGGUCGC